AUGGAUGGAUAUAUACCUAUUCUAAAUCCAGAACAAAUCACGCCUGAACGUGAUCGACACUCCCAACGCGAGCAUGACAGGCUCAAUCGACUUCAAAUGACUUCUCCUACCAGGCGCAAUCGUCGUCGUGCUGCCCAUGAUAAUCAGGACAGGCCUCUGCCUCCUGCACCACAGCCAAAUUUCAUGCCGGCUAAUGUGCCACAAGCAGGACCCGUUCCACGACCUUUUGCUUGGCAACCUCCCCCUCACUUUCCAUAUGAGCCACUACCAGUCGGGCAAUAUCCUGGCUUGCCACGAAAUGCAAUUGCACACGUGCAGCGUGCUCAUCAUGUUCCUCCAAUUGAUUACAAUGCACGCUUGAAUGAGCGAGUGAAUGCUGCUCAAAAUGACAGACGCCGUCAACGUGCUCAUCGUCGGCGACAAGACAGAGAUGAGAUAAGACAGCAGGUGCAAGAAGUGCUCAUGGCAGCUGGGAUGCAGCCUCCACAGGCGCCUCACAUUCCUGAUGAUGAACCUGUUCAACCUGCUCCUCCUGCUCCCCCUGUAUAUGGCGCUGUUCAUUAUGAGGGCGCAGUUGGUCCACAUAACAUUGACAAUCCCCUCCGCUACUUUGCAUGUGAUCCUGCCCCACCUUUACAUGCACCACUUGAACCUGAUCAUGAUCAAUUUAAUGUUCAGUUUCGACAUCAUUUCCAAGAACAGCAAAUGGAAAAUGAGCGCAUUAGAAAUGAUCUGCUGCAGAGACAAGCGGAGGAGGCUUUUCGUCAACAGCAGAUCCAGCUACAAUUACAGCAGUGGGAAGCUGAACAACAGCAAAUUCAGUUGCAAUUGCAGCAGCAGGAAGCUGAGCGGGCUGAUAGACAGACUCAGGAUAUUCAGCGAGCAGGUCAACAGGUAGAAGAGGAACAACAUCGCCAGGAGCAGAGGGAUCACGAGCAACAGGAGCGUCUUGAAGAGGCAUUGCGCGAAUAUGAUAAUCCUGCUUCUCAGCAGCAGCAUGAAGACGACGAGGAAAGAAGAAGAACUCAGGAGCAAGAACGUCGCCGGCAGCGCGAUGCAGAGGAUGAUGAAAAUAUCAACCAGGCGCCGGUCCGAAAUAUCCCUAUCCCAGAUGGAGCUCGACCAUACACAGAGCCCAUUGAUCGUCACACUCUUGGUCCUCUUAAUGUGGAGUGCCCCAACUGCCAUGCCAUGCAUUUUGCAUGUGAGAGACUCACCAAAUCAUCCGCACGAAACCCACGCUUUGGUACAUGCUGCUUGGAGGGAAAAGUCGACCUUCCUCCCUUUCCAGCAUGGCCACAUGAGCUGCAACAGGCAUAUGGAGACAGAACAUUUGUGUCCAAGAUUCGCCAGUACAACAGUGCUCUUGCAUUCACAUCUGUAGGCGUCACCAUCGAGGAUAGGGCCCUUCAAGGCUCUGGCCCAAAUGCUUUUCGUAUACACAGUUCUCUUCACCACCUUAUGGGCAGCCUGAUUGCCCCUGAAGGUACUCGGCCUUCAUAUGCUCAAAUCUACAUUUAUGAUCCUGAAGAUGCAACCAGUUGA